AUGGCGGACUCCUACAACUUCUACGAUUUCCUCAGCCACACCUCUCCCUCCUCCAAGCCACCUUCGAAGCACCCCGGCCACCACCACCACCCCCUCCACAGCAGCAAGCAGCCGAAGCACCCGCACCCGCACCCGCACCCGCACCCCUUCGUUUACCCCCCUCCUCCGCCGCCGUCCCAGCCUCCUUCCCCGCCGUCCCAGCCCCCGAGGGUCUUCUCCUGCCUCUACUGCUCCCGCAAGUUCGUCACCUCCCAGGCCCUGGGCGGCCACCAGAACGCCCACAAGAGGGAGCGCGCCGCCGCCCGCGGCCACCAGCAGCUCCUCGUCGACCCCGCCCCGGCCCGCGCAAUGCCGUCGCCGCCGCCGCCCGCGCUUCUCCCGACGCCCCCUCCCCCCGCCUGGCUCGACCCUCUCCAGGCCGUCCCCGGCCACCGCCCCGCCCUUCACGGGUUCGUGGAGGUGAGCCCGCCAAUGGACUACGCCGGCGAGGAGGAUGACGACGAAGACGAUGUCGACGACGACAGAAGAGUUGCAGUUCGCGUUACGGGGGAGCCCACUGAAUCUGCAGGUACCUGCAGAGGCCGAGCAUCAACCUUAAAAGUUGAAGCUCCUCCGCAGUUUCUGCAGGUUUCUGCAGAGAAGUUUGCAGGGGCUCUCUGCGGGAACGAGCCCCUGGCUAUCUUCAAGUGCUUCAUCGAGCAUUAA